AUGGCGUCGCGCGGUGGGUUGCGGCGGGGCGACAUGAGCGAUGAGGAUCUAGAGCGGCAGCAGGCGGAGUUCAUGGCGGGCCGGCAGCCGGCCGCCGCCACUGUCGUGCGAAUCAAUAGCGCGGACGGCGACGCGCAGUCCGCCGAUACUGGUGCGUGCUGUCGCGCGCGCGCGCUCACUCUCCAUGGCUGCCCCCACCGCGCGCGGCACCCGGGGGCCUCUCAUCCCUCUCCCUGCCCCCGCUCGUCUGCCCCUUUCCCUUCCCCACUCUCCCCGGGCCUAUCCACCCGCUUCUUUCCACCCGACCUCACUCCGUCAUUUCCUCCUCCGCUCCCCCUCCUUCCUGUUUCUGCAGCCUCAGGGGGAAGAUCGUUAACCCCUGUUCACCUUAAACCCCUUUCUGCUCGCCUUAAACCCCUGGUUGUGUUAAAAUCCUGCCCCCUUGCAAACUCCAUGCACCACCCAUUCCCACAGCACUGGCAGCCGGCAGCGGUUCAUGCGUCCCCCCUCGCUGCUUGGAGCCCUCCCCACGACUCCUCCGUGCUGCCCCCCCCUGCUGCUGUUGCCGCAUCCGCCAUGCCUCUGCGCCCACAGCAGGCAGGUGGGGGGGUGAGAGGGGCAACAGGCAUGCAUCACGAGGCGGAGAGGAACAGGGGCAGCAUGGAGGUGGAGGUGGGGUCGGGGAGGAGGGGAGGGGAGAGGGAAGGGGCGAGAGCGAGGGAGGACGGGGGAAUGGGGGCGGUGAAGGGAGAGGCAAUGGGUGUGGAUGGGGGCAUGGCGGCAGUGGGCGGGCAGGCCAGGGGAGCACUUGUGAGCGAUAGGGAGAGGGCAGCGAGGGAGGGGCGAAUCGCUCGUGCUGCUGCUGCAGGAGUAGGGGCGGAAGGUGCUGCUGCUGCUGCGGUGCCUGGGGGCAGUGCAGCACGGAGCGGCUCGGCUGCCCAAGUUGUUGGUGGCGGCAGUGGCAGGGGGGUGGGGGAAACGAAGGAGCAGCGGGAGAUAGACGAGGCGAACAGGGGGGUGGUGAGCGGCAUGAGUGCGGCACAGAUAGCACAAGCACAGGCGGAGCUCAUGGCACGCCUGCCCCCGGGGGCUCUGGACAUGCUCAGACGGCGAGGCAGGGAGAAAGAGGAGCGGCGCCGAGGGGUGGGUGCAGGGCAAGGGAGCAGGUCGGAGGGAGUGAGUGGUGGAGCAGGCAGUGGUGGGUCCGGCGAGGAGAAGCAGCAGCAGGAGGAAAUGCAGGUGGAUGGAGGCAGCGGUGGGGACAAUGGCGGUGCAUCACUGCAGUCCUCCCAGCAGCCUCUCUCACACCAUACACCUGCCAGUGGGCCUUCGGUGCCACGUCAGCAUGACCGCCCUGCCACGUGGGAGCAGCGAGUGGAGCGCAUUCGCAGCGUGCGGUUUGCCAUGGACGGGCGGCCAGUCCCUGCUGACGUGGCACGCGAUGCAGAGAGUGCUCUGGGGGUGCCGGCUGAAGCUGCCAUGCAGUUUGACCAGGACUCACCGCAAGGCAUGGCGGUGCGUGAAUUGGCGGUGCGACACGUGGCGGAGCGCGAUUGGCUGAGGACGGGCGCGCAGCCAGGAAGGGCGGGGUACACGGUGCGCGAGGCGGUGGCACUGUCGCGCAGCCACGUGCCCGCCCAGGCCGCCGCUGGACUUGCCCUGCUCUCUGCUCUGCUCUCAAGGGCAACACAUGCACAGACAGGCCGGGGUGAAAGGGACGGUGAGGGCAUGAUGGGAGGCGGAGACGGGGAGGUGGGGCGAGGGGGCAUGGAGGAGGAGGAGGACUGGGAGGCGGUGUGGGCGUAUGCCCUGAGCCACGAGGUGCAGCUGCUGCUCGCCCUGCGGCUAGCAUUGGACCACGAGCACAUUCAGGUCAUCGCAGCAGCGCUCGCCCUCGCCCUGCACGUCCUCUCCUUCGCCCCCAACCACCGCUUCUUCUCGCUCUCUCAGCAGAGUGUGUGGCGAGGGGAGGCCAUCACAGCCACAGCCCCCGUGCACAAGCCCAAGGCCGCAGCCUCUUUCCUGCCCGCGCCCCUCACCGCCUCCUCCUCCCCCUCCUCCGCGCCCUCCCUGCUGCCCGCUUUUGCCCGCGGGCACCACUGGCGCCACAACGUGGCUCACUCUGAGCUGCUGCUGCCUGGCGAUGCUUAUGGCGACGAUGGGGAGGAUGAGGACGAAGAGGAGGAGGGCGGGGGAAUGGAGGGCAUGGGGCUCGGUGGUGGGGGCAUGGAGGGUCCAGGGGAGGGCGACAAGCAGACGGUGGGGAGUGAUGCGAACGUGGCGUGCAGGGACGUGUGCGCUGGGCUCAUCCGCAUGGGCAUCCUGCCUCGCCUCGCCUACCUGCUCCAGCCGCACUCCCCUCUGCAGCAGCACACGCACCUGCACCUGCCGUGCCUGCACGUGGCCCUCUGCAUCGCCCACCACUCCCCCGCUGCUGCCACCGCCCUCGCUCACUCCCUCCACCUGCUUCCCCCGCCGCCCGCCCUCUCCUCCUCGGCCGCCCCUCGCUCACCCCUCUCGGCCAUCCUAGCAGCCCCCAGCAGCCCGGAGCUGCUGGCUGCUGCAAGCGACAUCAUCAAGGCAAGCACGGCAGGGCACUGGGAUGGCCAUGCGUUAUGCCAUUUACAUGGGCUCCUCUCUGCAUUGCAUGCGUGCAGUGCAGCCAGCCCAAUGAUCGCCCGCCACGUGGCAUCCUCUGACCUCAUCCACCUCACCCUGCACCACCUGCUGCUCCUCCCUCUCCCGCGCCCGCCCUCCUCCUCCGCACUCUCUCCGGCGUCGCUCCCAGCAGUGCUGGCAGUGCUAUCCCUGUGGCGAGUGCUGGCGCGCCAGGGCCUCACCGCACACCUCUUCUCUGACUACUCCCUCUUCUUUGCUCGCUUCCUUGAUCCCCCUUACCCCACCACGUCCACUGUUGGUGGUGGGAAGGCAGAGAGGGAGGGCGAGUGGGGGGGAGCGGAGGUGUGUGUGGGGCGGGAGGCGGUGCUGGUGCUGGAGGCGCUGUGCUGCGCGCUGCCACGGCUCAGAGGCGUCGUGCCUGCGGGCCAUGGGGAUGGUGACGGGGAGAGCAUUGAGGCGGAGAGGGACACGGGAGACAAUAUUGGAUGGAGCGUGGUGGUUGCGCUUCUGCCCAUGGUGCUGCGCUGGCUGCAGAAUUCCCUGGUUGCUCGCCUCUCCUCUGGCCUCCGUGCUGCACUUGCACACUCGCACUCUCACACACACCCUCACUCUCAUUCUUGCACAGAACAGCAUGGGCAGGCACGGGAAGGCACACGGGCAGACGAGAUGGAAGUGGAUGAUGGGGUUGGAAGAGAGGAAAGUGGUUUGCACAGUGCGGGCAUUAGGGGGGUGGCAGAGGAGGCAGCAGCAGUGGCGGCAGUGCUGCAUUGCCUUGCUACUGUUGUCACUCGUGCCGUGCCCACCACAUCACCCCAUGCAGCAGCAACAUCAGCAGCGCACGGGCAGCAAAGUGGGCAGCUCACGUGGCCUCCCUGUGUGCGCCCUCCGUUCAUCGACGCCAUUACAUCCGCUCUCCUGCAAUCUGGCCUGCUGCCCUGCGCGUCGCCCCCCACACGUGCAUCCUCCCCACACGCUCCACCUGCGCUGCUCCCGCCCGCCUCGCCCACCUUCCACCUGCUGGCAGCAGCAGCGCACUUGCCGUGUGGCCUGGGCGUGGCGAGUGCGAGCUGCCUGCACGGCAUGCUGCGCCUCCUGGGCUGCCUGCUGCUCCACAGCCACGCGUGCCCUCCCUUCGCUACCCACACCCCCACAGCACCAUCACCACCGUCCAUGGCACCGCCGCCAUCAUCACCAUCAUCGGCAGCAGUAGCAGCAGCGGGAGCAGCAGGAGCGUUAUCAGCGUGCAUCCCAUCCUUCGUGCCGCUGCUGACCUCCUCGGCUCGCUUGCUCUCCAUCAGAGCAGCAGGCAGACCCCUCUCACCUGCUGCGCUCCGCGCACGCAGCACAGCCCGUGCAGGUGCUGGGGCGCUGGUGUGGCGCGAGGGCAGCACGGAGAGAGGGGGCCUGGCGCCGGGGGUGGGGGUGGGAUGGGGGGGGCGAGGGGCCCAGGGAGGGGAGGGGUGGUGGGGAGUGGAGGCGGUGCUGUCAUCACAGCACAUUGCCAUGGUGGCUUCUCUGCUGGCGCUGCUGCAGACACAGGGGUGCAUGCAACCUGAGGGGAGUGGAGUGAGUGGGAAUGAAGCGAGUGAGAAUGGAGUGAGUGAGAACGAAGAGGGUGAGAAGGGAGUGAGUGCGACGGAAUUGGUGGAGGUGUGUUUCGCGGUGGCGGGCAGUGCAGGGCCCGCAGACGCUGAACCCGCGGCCUUCAUUCUGCUGCACACGCUGCUCUCCCCAUGCAUCCUCGCCUUCUCCCCUGCUGUGCCGCCUGUGCCAUCCAGCACACGUGAACAAGCCCAGGUGGAGAUGCACGGAGUGGCAGGUGAGGGGAUGGAGGGGCAUGGUGGCGGUGGUGGUGGAGCGGGUGUGUGGCUGGCCUGUGUGCGGCAGCUGCUGGAGGCCCUGUGGUUCACCCGCCACUCCACUCACCCUGGGGAAGCCCAGGUGCAAGGCGUGAGUGCAAGUGGGGGAAAGCAAGAGCGAAGGAGAAUCGGAGUGGGAGAGAGGCUGGAAGCAGUGGAGGAAAGGGAGGAGGGGGAGAUGGAAGGAGUGGAGCAAGGAGGGGAGGUGCAGCCGGUGGGUGGUGGUGAGGGUGGCGACAAGAAAGUGAGGUUUGCAGAGGUAGCAGGGGAAGCGACAGCAGGCAGUGCUUCCGGUGAUAUCCCCACCACUGCCACCACCAUCUGCAGCAGUGCUUCAGGCGUGGAGGGUGGUGUAUGGGCGGGCAGCAGCAGUGGGUCGUUCUUGCUGCAAGGCGCAAGUGUGACAGCACAGCCGGUGCUGCUCCAAUGGCAUGCACACGCCCUUCCUCUCCCUCCCGCCUGGCUCCUCAUCCCGCUGACUGCUGCCACUGCACUGCCCGCUGCUGCAUCUGCCACCCACAGCACUGCACCCUCUGACACGGCGGCCCCAGCACCGCUCUCCCCCCGUCACACGCUGCACAGCAUGCUCGCCUUCCUCACCGCCUUGGAGACCAACCCCUCCACGGCGCCUCACAUGGCGCGCCUCCCAACAUCCCUCAAGCUGCACCACCUCUCGCUGCUCUUCCUUGCCGACCCGCCUCUCUACCUGCAACCAGCCCUCACCCGCCCCAUCGCAUGCCUGCAGGACGCAUAUGCCCUGCAGCUCACAUCACAGCACUCUGUGCUUGACUUCCCGCCGCACCUCUUCCCCCCAUCGUUGUACGAGUCCUUCCUCCAAUCUCUAGCUGAUCGCUUCGCUGCAGCCUCAUUUGGCCAUGUCCUCUUUGCCCGCCAGCUCGCCACCCUCCUGCACGCGCAUGUGGCUCCCGCCAUUCGCCUUGCCGCCUGGCAUGCCCUUGAUGCUGCCUCCGCACUGCACCUGCUGCCACCGCUCGCACUCUGCGCUGCCAGCCCCAUGGGGUACCUGUAUGCCUCUCCUGACUGCCAAAAUGUUGGGGGGCGUGAGCCACUGGGGCUGGGGCAGAGGCAAGCUGUGGGCGGUGCGGGGGGGGCGUUGCUGCAGGCAUGCAUGCAGUCAUUGGAAUCUGGUGCGCUUGACAAAUGCUGCUCGCUGCUCACCCCUGCCACCUCCUUCGCACAGCUGGCCGAUGCCCCUGGAGCAACGAGCCAGCCAGAUGCCCCACUGCUGACACUCAGGGCCCUCUCUCCCCACAAGGCCGUGCCCCACUACCCGCUCUCACUUGCUCUAGCUGCCUCGCUGCUCGUCGCCUUCCUCUUUGACCAUGCACCUGACUCUGACUGCCCCACCCCUGUGGGUGUCGCAGCAUCUGCACACCCUGACAAACAUCAGCCUCAAGCGGGUGAACCCCUUGUGGCCCAAUCACAGACUGCCAUGUGGCAGCGGGAGAGCGUGGCACGGCGGCUGGCCAGGUAUGCCCAACGCACCCCGGUGGCUCGACAACUAGUGGCCUACCUGCUGACAUGGCAGCUGCCAGGAUGGCAGGACAGGUGGCGGGGCUCUGACAGUGAGAGCCCAGAUGGUGCAGGACUGAGCGAGGAGGGGGGAGGAGUGCAGCAGGAGGAAGAGCAGGACAUGGGAAGGAGCGGGUGGGUGGUGGGCAAGGCGGUGGUGCUACGGCGCAUGGCACUGCUGCACAGGGCACUGCAGGCUGGUGCCAGGGCUGCUGCUGAGGCGCGCAGGGGUGCGAUGGCUGAAGAGGCAGGCGUGGCAGCAUCAGGAGGGGGUGAUGCAGCAUUGAGUGCUCUGCAGGCUGAGGCAGUGCGCAUCUCAAUGCAAGCUCACUCAGCCACUCCAAGCACUGUCUCCUUGGGGUAG